AUGAAGUUAAUUAAAGAUAACCCAUUUAAAGCUCUCACGUCUGUUGAACACAUGAUUCUUAAUACGCAAAUCGUUAAAAUGGCGUCAUUUUCAUACAUCUGUGUUCUUUUAAUACUAUUGCCAACACAGCAAUCUGCAGUUGAACAUGAAGAAUCGGCGACCAGUUUCGUGGAGAAGGCCUAUGAAGAAGACGUGGGUAUACCAGAAGAUUACUGGGUGGAGACACAUCAGGAUGAAACAACCCCUUCCCCUCAAGUUCAUCGCCAUAAGAUGGGAGACACUUUAAGGCCAUUUAUCUGCCUUUGGACAUCUCGCACGGGUUCGAUUCCCGUAUGGAGAUGGUAACCUCCACACCAUGAGAUUGAUAGAAGGUGAGUGACUCAUGUGUCUUUACCAUAGCUCCUUCCUCCAGGUUGGGUAUUGGAUAUAGGGCUAUACCUCUAUCCCAUAAAAAAACAGGGUGGAAGAUUGAAGCAAAAGAUUGUCAACAAUCCUUCAGGAAAGUUUCUGAUGAAGAUGGAGUGAAAUGUGAUCGCGUCCGGUUAGUAAACCACAUGCUUCCUUGAUAUCUCGAAAAAGAGAGAACCAAAGGAUCACUACUAUCACCUGUAACAGUGUCAAGCUGCUGAAGAAGACUCAUGAAUUAA